GUCAGAUUGCAAUACAUAGUGUUCUACAUCGGUACCAGUAGGUAGGGCUGGCAACCGGUCGGUUUCGGUUUAACCGAAAAUCGAUUUCUCGAUUUUUGGUUAAACUGAGACCUGACCAAUACCCACCGUCGACCGACCGCCCCAGCAUCCACGAUUAGCCGCAAACCGACCGGGCGGUUUUUGGUUUAGGUUCGAUUUACAUGCAUAACAGACCGGAGGUUAGGCCACCACCGUUCAAAUCAGCGUAACAAGUACGCCGCUUGCAAAAAUCCCCAAACCAAGACCUUCACCUCCUUCCACUCCCCGCUCGCAAAAAUCCCCAAAACAUAACCAACCAUAUCUGCAUCGUGUUGGGAUUUGGGAGGAGGAGCUGCUGCUGCCUGCUUGUGUUGGGGCGACGAGUUGCGGCUGUUAGGGAAUGGCCGAAUGGGUCUCUGUUGACUGUUAGGGAUUGGGAUGAUGAGGGAAUUUGGGAAUUGGGAGGGAGGAGGAGAGGGAUUUGGGAAUUUGGGAGUUGGAUGGGUCUCUGACUCUCUGUUAGUGGAUUUGGGAAUUGGGAGGAGGAGAUGAGUCUGCGAGGGCCGAGGAAGGGGAAGGUGGAGGCGGCGGGGCGUCGCGGUGGAGCCGGCGAGGUGGGGGCCUGGAGGGGGAAGGGAUGGUGGAGGUGGAACGUCGACGAUGGUCCAAAGGGGGGAGGGGAAUGGUUGCGCGACAGGAAGGGGAAGGUGGAGGCGGCGGGGCGUCGAGGUGGAGCCGGCGAGGUGGAGGCCUGGAGGGGGAAGGGAUGGUGGAGGUGGAACGUCGACGAUGGUCCGAAGGGGGAAGGGGAAGGGCUGCGCGACGAUGGUGAACAAGUGAAGGGGGAAUUGGGAGGAGGAGGGCCGAGUCGGCUCUGCUUAGGGUUAGUGACUCAACAGUGGGAAGCGGCGUCGUUUAUGGUGAAGGGGGAAGGGGGUUGGUUAGCCGGUUAACGGCCGGUUUCCGACCCCGGUUAGUCGGCUAACCGGACCCAUGCAAUUCCCCACCGACCACCGACCGCUACCUUUAGUAACAGUUUUUCGGUUAGUCGAAAACCGGUCGGUUCGGUUGAAACCGUCCGGUUAACUGCUAACCGAAAACCGUUCCGCCAGCCCUACCAGUAGGUAACUCAAAGGCUACCCAAGAGAACUUACAACCUACCCAAACCCACCUUUGACCUAAAUUCCGCUCGUAAAUUAGACAGUUUCACACAAACUAGAGUGGCCGAAUUGUGAAUAUCUAGCAGUUGAAUUCCACGAAUCCAAUUCCUUCACAAAUCAAUAUUAUCUCUACGAUGCUAGGGGCCGCUCUGGAAGACCCGCAUUGACACAAGUAUAUUACCCCACCAAGAGAAGCGAAAUUCGCCUUCUCUACCCCAAAUUCAAUUAUGCCAGUAGCGAAGUGAUGACAGAGAUGCUGGCAUUGGCAAUGAGAUAAUUUUCCCUACAAGAAUAUACUCAAGCUCAAAGAACUUCAAGUGACUACCAGGAUCGAUACCAAACAAAAUCGACCAACGGCUACCUCCACUGAAUGGCGCCCGACGGGACUCUGUUAGCGGCGGCUACCAUCGGAGCUGGAGAUCGCGAUGACAACUGUUAUUAAUAGCAUUAAAAAAAACAAUAUAUUUUUAAUUUUUAU